AUGACACCACGACUCUCUGCAGAAUGUGUCCAAGAUCUAAGUACGCCAUCUGUCUUCCUGCAGCACCGAAGAUCCGACUGGCCUCCCAACACGGAGCCUACUCAUGAGAAGCCCCCCAACACGGAGCCUCCGCACACCAAGCCUACUGGCACGGAGCCUCCUCACACUAAGCCUACUGGCACAGAGCCCCCUCACACCACCAAACCUCCAGGCACGGAGCCUCCUCACACCAAGCCUACCGGCACGGAGCCUCCUCACACCAUCACGGAGAUCACCAAGACUACCACUUUUGUUACCACUGAGUGCCCUGUAACAUCUACUGUUGUCACAUCUGGCACCAAGACCCUCACCGUCCCGAUCACUCAGACUAACAUCAUCACGGUCACCACCACAUUCUGUGAGUCGUCAACUUUGCCUGUGACGCCUGUGCCGACUGGCACCGGUGUUCCUGUGCCACCGGCACCUCUGCCACCAGCACCAGUACCUCCUAAGAACAGCACUCUUCUGCCACCUGCUCCAGUUCCCACUGCUCCCUUCCAGAACACUACUGUCCCGGUCGUCCCCACCCAGCCAGUUCCUGUGGCGCCUGGUCAAUCUACUGUUCCCGGAAAGCCAGUCACUCCCACUCAGCCUGGCGAGACUCCUGUUAAGCCUACCGUCCCUGGCGAGACUCCCGUUCAGCCUACC